GAAAAUCUGGAAAAAAGCGUUGGACUGAAUAACGACGACUUCAUCAGCUGGUUCUGGGGGCUAAAACGAAGAUAUCAUUGUAUGGUCCGAAACCAAUGGCGGCCACUGCCACUCCCACCAAAGUAACCACCACCACCACUACCACCGCCGUCGCCGCCGGUCUCCCUCCUGUCACCAUGCGAAUCAUUAUUGGAACUACUAGUAAUUUGGCAACUCACCGACUCCCUCCGGUUCCGGCACCGGCCCUGGCGCCUGCUUCUUCUUCUGCUUCUGCGCUCAGUAAUGCCGGCCUUCUCUUAGUUAGAAACCGGUCAACGAUAUCGCACGCAACUGCCCGAGUUUGUUCACCGUCCAGCGGUUUGACUCGUCGCCAUUCUCCGCCGUGGUGGUCACCGUCAUUUCGAGUAGCUGCUGCUGCUGCUGGUGUUGCUUCAGCGGAGGAACAAGUUUCUAGCUCUUCAGAUGAAACCGUGGAAAAUUUGGUAAUAAUAGGAUCAGGUCCAGCAGGCUAUACAUCAGCAAUUUAUGCUGCUCGAGCUAACCUGAAGCCCAUUGUGUUUGAGGGAUACCAACUAGGUGGCGUUCCAGGGGGACAAUUAAUGACGACCACGGAAGUAGAGAACUUCCCUGGGUUUCCAGAUGGAAUAACUGGUCCGGACCUAAUGGAUAGGAUGCGGCGUCAAGCUGAACGCUGGGGAUCUGAACUAUUCCAGGAGGACGUAGAGUUUAUUGAUGUGAAGAAUCGUCCUUUCACCGUGCAAAGUAGUGAACGCAAGGUAAAGUGCCAUAGCCUCAUUGUGGCCACAGGAGCCACUGCAAAAAGGUUGAGACUUCCUCGUGAAGAUGAAUUUUGGAGUAGAGGAAUUAGUGCCUGUGCAAUAUGUGAUGGAGCAUCACCGCUUUUCAAAGGUCAAGUCCUCGCUGUGGUUGGAGGAGGCGAUACUGCUACAGAGGAGGCAUUAUAUUUGACUAAAUAUGCUCGACAUGUUCAUUUACUCGUUCGUAGGGACCAAUUAAGAGCAUCAAAAGCAAUGCAAGAUAGAGUUUUCAACAAUCCAAAUGUCACCGUGCACUUCAAUACAGAGACAGUCGAUGUUGUCAGCAAUAACAAAGGGCAAAUGUCAGGCAUUUUAGUGAGAAAAGUUGAUACUCACGAAGAAUCGGUGCUUGAGGCAAAAGGAUUAUUUUAUGGGAUAGGUCAUUCACCAAAUAGCCAGUUGUUGGAAGGCCAAGUAGAACUUGAUAGCACAGGGUACAUUCUGGUUGAGGAGGGUACUGCAAAAACAUCUGUGGACGGUGUAUUUGCAGCCGGAGAUGUACAGGAUCAUGAAUGGAGACAAGCUAUAACCGCAGCUGGAUCAGGAUGUGUUGCUGCUUUAUCAGUGGAAAGAUAUCUUACAAGUGAAAAUCUUGUGGUUGAAUUUCACCAGCCUAAAACUGAAGAGGCUAGAAAGGAGCUUACAGACAGAGAUGUGCAAGAAGGUUUUGAUAUUUCGCUUACGAAGCACAAGGGCCAGUAUGCUCUAAGAAAAUUGUACCAUGAAAGUCCACGACUUGUAUGUGUUCUUUAUACUUCACCGACAUGUGGUCCUUGCAGAACUUUGAAACCAAUUCUCAACAAGGUGGUAGAUGAAUUUGACCACAAUGUACAUUUAGUUGAAAUUGACAUUGAGGAAGACCAAGAGGUUGCUGAAGCAGCUGGAAUCAUGGGAACACCAUGCGUACAGUUCUUCAAGGACAAGGAUUUGCUGAAGACUGUGCCAGGAGUCAAAAUGAAGAAAGAGUACAGAGAAUUCAUUGAAGCCAACAAAUGAGUUCAAACUUCUGAUUCCUUCUUCCUAAAUGCUCGUACUCCUGAUGCAUCAUUUUGGCAAUUCAAUUUUGACAUUCAAAAUCAUUGAGAAAAUGCCAUGUUGUUGUACAACUUAUUUAAGUUAUCAAAAAACAGAUAACCAAAAAAAAAAAGAAAAGAAGCAUUUGUACCAUUCAAAGGGGGACGGUGGGUUUUGAAAAAGAGCUGUAAAUGCUUUAGUUCAAACAUGUCAAAGCAUUACUGCAGUGUAAAAGUUCAAUUUUUUUGUACAUCAGAACUUCAUGUCAUAGCUGAGGCCUUUUAGCUUCA